AAAAGUACAAAUAAAAUUAUAUUAAUAGAAUAAAGAAUAUUGUUAAAAUAUACAUUAUUAUAUCGCUCAUCAUGUCCUCAACAAACAACACCAAGCCAAACGUCGAAGUUUCCAAUGGUAGCCCUUCUUCCAGAUUACUUACAUUUCUUCAUGGAAUCAUUCAAACAACACAAAUAAAACUUUUCAACGCAUCACCAUCAAAUAACUUAGUAGACGAACACUUCAAAGUUUUUCACAAUUUCACAUCAUAUAAUAUACUUCUAGAUGCAAAUAUUUGUCCCUAACUAACUUCAUAAACCACAUUAUUUAUAGUUAUAAUACCCUCUCAAAUAUCUUCUCAAUCAUAUUAUUACAUUAAAAUUUCUCGUUAACGAAACAUGAGUACCCAAAACCAAUAUUAUUACACUUUGGCAAUAUUAACACUAAUUAGCGUCACAUUAAGUCCAGUUUCAGCUCGUUUCUUCCCUAAUCCAUCUUCAAUCCCUACAUGGAUGUCAAACAACGCGCCACCAGGCGCGUGGGACGCAUACCGAAAUUUCACCGGCUGCAGUCCUGGUAAAACAUACGACGGCCUCUCCAAACUCAAAAACUACUUUCAACGUUUCGGUUACAUCACCAACGCGCCGCCGUCAAAUUUCACCGACGACUUCGACGACGCUUUAGAAUCCGCUGUACGCGCUUACCAACAAAAUUUCAACCUCAACGUCACCGGCGAACUCGACAACGCAACAAUGAACUACAUUGUUAAGCCGCGUUGCGGCGUCGCCGACAUCAUCAACGGCACAACCUCCAUGAACUCCGGCAAGUUCAAUUUCAAUAACACAAGCGAAAACAAAGAAAAUCCAAAAUUCCACACCGUCGCACAUUAUUCAUUCUUCCCCGGCGAGCCACGGUGGCCGGCGGGAACUAAAUCACUAACCUACGCUUUCGAUCCAAACGAAAAUCUGGACGAAACAACUAAACAAGUUUUCGCAAACGCGUUUAAUCAAUGGUCAAAAGUAACGACAAUAACGUUCAGCGAAACGACGUCGUUUAGUACCGCGGAUAUUAAAAUAGGAUUCUACAGUGGGGACCACGGAGACGGAGAAGCAUUUGACGGCGUUUUAGGGACGUUAGCACACGCGUUUUCACCAACUGACGGGAGAUUCCACUUAGAUAAAGCGGAAGACUGGGUAGUUAGCGGAGACGUAACGGAGUCUACUUUAUCGAACGCUGUUGAUUUGGAAUCCGUUGCCGUUCAUGAAAUAGGACACCUUUUAGGAUUAGGACACUCGUCCGUUGAAGAGGCUAUUAUGUACCCUACGAUAAGUUCUAAAACGAGGAAGGUUGAACUUGUGAAUGAUGAUAUUGAUGGGAUUCAACAGCUUUAUGGUUCUAACCCGAAUUUUACUGGGACUUCUGCUACUACUUCGAGGGAUAGAGAUUCUAGUUAUGGUUUUCGCCACGUGGCGUCGUUGUUUUUGUCCUUGUUGUUCAUUGGGUUUGCAUGUUUGAGUUUAUAGAUGAGCGUUGUGUUGUUUUUGUUUGCUACUAUAUAUGGUAGGUAGAUAGUUUUAUACGGAUACGGUUACGUGUAUAUAUAGGUUCUUCAUUAUUCACAUUAUUCAUUCUUUUGUGAUAAAUUGUUGAGUUUUUAAUGGACUUGCACUAUUUUAUACUUCAC